AUAACCGUCCUGAAGUUCCAUAUACGCGAAACGAACGGUGACGAUUUUCCCUAGGGUUUUUGAGCAGCGGGUACCAAGACCUGACUAUUUAAACCUCACAGUUGCAUUCUGGCCGGUUUGCGGUGCAGUUUUCCUGCCCUCCCACAAAAAAAAGUUUGUUUUUCCUCUCAUCUCCACCAUUCUUACUUUUAUUCACAUAAAAUAUAUACUAAAAUCCCCAAAAUAUUCUCCGCCAAUUUCUGUAACUGAUUUCGGCGCUUGUAUCAUCAAUUGACUGGUUCAUAGUUUUAGUGGAGGAGAGGGAAGAGAUUCAUUGAGGCCGAUUAGGAAGAAUGGCUCAGAUUCAAGCUCAGCACCAGACUCAGGCGGCGGGAUCGAAUGGAGUGGCAGCGCCGAUCGCAGGAGGUGUUUCCGCCGUCGCUGCUCCCGGUGGUGGUGCCUCCAACCAGUAUGCCGCCACUUCGCUGUAUGUUGGUGACCUGGAAUCGAACGUGUCUGACUCGCAGCUCUUCGAGCUGUUCAGCCAGGUCGGACAAGUUGUUUCGGUUAGGGUAUGCCGCGACCUCAGCACUCGCCGCUCCCUUGGCUAUGGCUAUGUUAACUUUGCCAACGCUUCGGAUGCUGCAAGGGCAAUUGAGCUCUUGAACUUCUCUCCUCUAAAUAAUAAGGCAAUUAGGAUCAUGUAUUCUCAUCGUGACCCCAGUCUUCGCAAGAGUGGAACUGGCAAUAUAUUUAUUAAGAAUUUGGACAAAUCUAUUGACAACAAAGCCUUAUGUGAAACUUUUUCAAGCUUUGGCAACAUUCUUUCAUGCAAAAUAGCUACUGAUUCUAAUGGCCAGUCUAAAGGCUAUGGUUUUGUUCAAUUUAGCAAUGAGGAGGCAGCUCAAAAUGCUAUUGACAAGUUAAAUGGAAUGCUAAUGAAUGACAAACAAGUAUAUGUUGGCCCUUUUCUUCGUAAGCAAGAAAGAGAGCCGACAAUGGGCAAGAUGAAGUUCAACAAUGUUUAUGUGAAGAACCUAUCUGAAUCAACUACAGAUGAGGAUCUCAAGAAAAUAUUUGGUGAAUUUGGGGAUAUUACGAGUGCAGUAGUUAUGAGAGAUGCUGAUGGAAAGUCCAAAUGCUUUGGGUUUGUUAAUUUUGAUAAUACGGAUGAUGCUGCCAAGGCUGUUGAAGCAUUAAAUGGCAAGAAAUUUGAGGAUAAAGAGUGGUUUGUUGGGAAAGCUCAGAAGAAGUCUGAAAGGGAACAAGAACUAAAAAGUAAGUUUGAGCAGACUGCAAAGGAAACAGUGGACAAGCAUCAAGGAUUAAAUCUGUAUGUAAAAAAUUUGGAUGAUAGUAUAGAUGAUGACAAGCUCAGGGAAAUGUUCGCUGAGUUUGGUACAAUUAGAUCAUGCAAGGUUAUGCGUGAUCCAAGCGGAAUUAGCAAAGGGUCAGGGUUUGUUUCAUUCUCUACUCCUGAAGAAGCUUCUAGAGCUAUUUCUGAUAUGAAUGGACAAAUGGUAGUGUCAAAACCAAUUUAUGUUGCUCUUGCUCAACGGAAAGAGGAGAGGCGAGCAAGGCUGCAGGCACAGUUUUCACAGGUGAGACCAGUUGUUAUGGCGCCUGCUGUGGGACAACGUAUGCCCAUGUACCCUCCUGGCACAGCAGGUAUUGGGCAGCAGGUCUUUUAUGGGCAACCUCCACCUGCUAUGCUUCCUCCUCAGGCUGGGUUUGGAUAUCACCAGCAACUUGUUCCUGGAAUGCGGCCUGGAGGUGGUCCUAUGCCAAAUUUCUUCUUGCCUAUGGUCCAACAGCAGGGUCAACAGGGGCAGCGUCAAGGUGGCAGGCGUGGAGCGGCACCUGGCCAACAAGCUCAACAGCCCAUGCCACUGAUGCAUCAGCAGAUGCAUCACCCAAGGGGAGGAAGGAUGUACCACCGGUUCCAGUCACAUGGUCGCAACGUGCAAGAGGUUCCUGCUGGUGUGGCAGGAGGAAUGCUUUCUGCUCCAUAUGAUAUAAGUGGUGGGGGGGUCAUGCUUCAUCGGGAGGCUGUGCCAAUCAAUGCCCUAGCUAGUGCCCUUGCAAAUGCACCGCCUGAACAACAGAGGACUAUGUUGGGUGAAAAUCUGUACCCACUAGUGGAUCAGUUGGAGCAUGAGCAGGCAGCGAAAGUGACAGGGAUGUUGCUGGAGAUGGACCAGACAGAGGUUUUGCAUCUGCUCGAGUCCCCUGAGGCUUUGAAGGCCAAAGUUGCAGAAGCCAUGGAUGUUCUGAGGAACGUUCAGCAGCAGGCAAGCAUCAACCCUGCUGAUCAACUCUCUUCCCUCUCACUUUCUGAUAACCUGGUUUCCUCCUGAGUGCCUUCCAAGAGAUUAUCUGCUGAGUGCAUGCUCUCACGUUACCAUCCUUUCGUUUUUUGUUAGAAGUUUAAAUGAGAUUUUGCUGCUAUCCUUUAUUAUCUAUCGUGUUAGAAUUGUCUUUUUGACUUUGACAUUGCCACUCCAUGAAGAGUUUUUGGACAAUUGUGCUUAGAUACAGCUUGGGUGUAUUGCCUUUUCUAUCUAAGGUAUGAACGUUUUCAUGGCACUUGACUUUGAGCUGUAUAAGAGUGAUAUAUGGCUCUAUAAAACUACUCAGUAUAAGUAAAAAAUGGGAUUCUAAUUGUGAAACCCGAUUGUUUUUCACAUGAAUAGAUUUCAGAAUCUAAUUCAAAGAUCACAAAA